AGCCGUGUCAUUCGGCCAGGCUGCUAGAACUUCCGAAAGGAGAAAUUGAGGGGAAAGUGGAAGUGCUCCGGUGUCCUGGCAUUUUCUUUUCCCUGGCUGAGAAAAUUGUUGCAUUUUUUUUUCCCACUUGCCUCACUGAUGGUAAUUACGGAUUAUUGCAACUAGCAAUGCUCAGAAAUAUCAAGAGGAUGGAACUUUGAAAUCAGGAUGGUAGACUAGAGAGCACUGUGCUUACUAACGUGCUUUUUUGGCGAUCGUGAUUAAAGAAAUAUUUUCACAAAUGUAAGGCGAUAAUGUAACUGGGUGAGGGACAGUUCUGUAUUUUCUUUGCAGCCUUUCUGUAAAUAUAAAAUUGCUCCAAAAAACAGAAGAAACAGAAAACCGCCAAAAAAAACCCCAAGUAAAUCGCACCAGACCAGUCAGUGUAUUUGAGAUCAGUAAAUCCAGGGCAGAGGGGUAACUCUCCCAGCUUUAUAAUUAUUUGCUGAGGAUCGCUUUGUUUAAGGGUGCUCUUCUUGUGGAUGAGAGGUUUAGAUAUUAUUAUGUAUGGAUAAUUUAAAUUUCAAUUAAUCUUGUGGUGUAGAAUAUGCAGAUAAAUUAUUGCUUGAACCGUAUUUCAGAAGUCUUCCAGAGAUCAUUGAUGAAGGGUUUAAGACUCAGGGAGAGGGCAGUGAUGAGGCUUUAGGGACUAACAACAGCCUGACUGUCAUGAGGAAGUAGACUAAAAAAGGCAGCUGGUUUCGUGUUUAUUUCUUGACUUAUAGUUUAGAUAAGGCAUAUUUCCAGAGCUCCAAUUUUGGCCUUAGGCAUAGUUUGGAAAUCUAAGACACCUUCAGGGUGAUCACAAACAAAACCAUUGGCAAAAAAAUAUUUAUUUUCUGUUGCUUGUGCAGAUUUGGGAUGGGGGUGGGAGAAGAAGGGAAGCUGAAAAACUAGCAUUAUGGGAAUUGAAUGAGCCAAGUGCUGUCAUAAUCUUCUGGAAGUAGGUAUUACACUAUUAAUAAUAGCGCAGGACACCAAAUCACCCCCAAAGUACCACUGGUUCAGUGGCUGUUGUUCUGUCCUCCUGAUGGCGCAGGGAAUGCCCCUUUGUAUAUUACAUAUUUUUUUUUUAAAUUUGAGAUUUGUGGGAAGUCUUCAUUUUUAAACCAACCAUGUGCUUUGAACAGCCCAUCGUGUUUAUUUUGUGUUAAAAUAGUAUACCACCUCAAAACUUUUCCUACCGAAUGUGAGCUCCUAGGACUUUAGGAGUAAAAACAUUGGCUUUGAAAUAAGACAGUUUUGACUGAGGAUAAUUAAGUUGUAGGAUUUUUUUCCCCCUUUUUUUCAAAGAUGUUCUCCUUUUUCUGAAUCUGUAUCUGUUUUUAAAGGGCCUGGGUGACUGCCAAACCCUAACCUUGUUGAUUACUUGAGAAGAUAAUCAAUCUUUCUACAUUCACUUUUAGAGUAGGUAGGUCACCUUUAGGCAAUUUACAUAUUUCAUUUGUGUGUUGCAAUGAGAACUGAUCCUUUAAUUUGCUUUGUUAGGAUGGUGAUAAUUCAGAGCAGUUCUGAAUAUUUAAAAAGCUUUUCUUAAAAAAAAAAACUGCUUCAUUUUGCUGGAGGUAGUGUUCCACUUUUUCUCUUUAUUGACUUACUAAACAGAACCACUGAACAGUUACUGAGGCUGUUUACAUUUCAAGUUUUUGGAAUCAGUCAUGUUUGCUUUAAUCUUUUAAGUUAAAUCUUCUAUAAGACUCUACUAAGUUCUCCGUUGAUUUUUCUGGAUUUUUCCCACUGAACUACAGUGUUAAAGUGGAACAGUUCUUGCCCAGUAUGAAAAACCAGUAACGAUUUUUAAAAACUGAUUUCCCCACUUAUUUCCUUAAAAACCUCUUUUUGUUCAGUGGCUGCAUUUAUUGUUGUAGAUUCUUAAGUGUUUAUCUCUACGAUAAACAGUUAACUCCCAUGCCAGAGAAUUGGGCCUCCUUAUUGAUUUACAGUCCCCUUUGGCCACAUUCCAUGCUCAGUCUGCUGGUAAUCAGUAGAAUAUUCUUACUCUCUCAUAUACCCCCGAGGAUUAAACCAAGUCGCCCUUUUUCUUUCCGUCUUCUCCUCCUCUCCCCUUUGUUUGUAGUUUUUAAGGCAUGGCAUCACCGGGAGAAAGAGGGAGAUAUCAUAUACCAGCAUGGUGAUUGAACCAUAUAUACUCUGUGUAAGAGGGUACAGUCCUGAAUGUAUAUGUCUGAAGAGAGUGAAUGUUCCGUUUUGCCUUACUUUGUCCUUGUGUUUGUUUUUGUAAAGUGUUUGCAUAGCCUGACAUUUUCUUGGAGUGGGUUUUUGACUUUUGGUUUUGGGGUUUUUUUGUGCCAGGUAGUGUGUUCUGGGUUCCAUGUGCAGGUUAACUGCAGGUUCCCUGUGCUGCCUAAAUACCUUAUAGCUUACUGGGUGACCCACUGGGCUGCAUUUAAGCGGGUUGUCUUCUGAUCUUGUCUUAAUUUAACUUUACUAGGGUCAUUGAUGAAACAAUGGACUAUUUUAUUGGAACAUCAAGGAAUUGGUUGUUUGCCUUUUAAAAAAUUAGCUUAUGAUGACCUGCAGUAGAGAUAUAUAUGAGAUAGAGAUAUAUAUAUAUUUUUUCUUCUUAAAAAAAUUUCUCCUAAGCAAACGGCCAGUGUUGGUUCUUCAGAAUGAAGCACUUUAUCCACAGCGUCGUUCCUACACUAGUGAGGAUGAAGCCUGGAAAUCUUUCCUGGAAAACCCUCUCACUGCAGCAACCAAAGCGAUGAUGAGCAUCAAUGGAGAUGAAGACAGUGCAGCUGCGCUGGGCUUGCUCUAUGACUACUACAAGGUUCCACGAGAGAGAAGGUCAUCAACAGCAAAGCCAGAUGUUGAGCACCCAGAGCCAGAUCAUAGCAAAAGAAAUAGCAUCUCAAACGUGACUGAGCAGCCCCUCAUUUCUGCUGGAGAAAACAGAGUGCAAGUGCUGAAAAAUGUGCCAUUUAACAUUGUCCUUCCCCAUGGCAACCAGCUGGGCAUCGACAAGAGGGGCCAUCUGACAGCUCCUGACACCACAGUCACUGUCUCCAUAGCAGCGAUGCCUACCCACUCCAUCAAGACGGAGACCCAGCACCACGGCUUUACUGUGGGGAUCCCCCCAGCAGUGUAUCAUCCUGAGCCCACAGAGCGUGUGGUGGUUUUCGACCGGAACAUGAAUGCUGACCAGUUCAGCUCUGGUGCUCAACCCCCAAAUGCUCAAAGGCGUACUCCAGACUCUACCUUCUCAGAGACCUUCAAGGAAGGCGUUCAGGAGGUUUUCUUCCCCUCGGAUCUCAGUCUGCGGAUGCCUGGCAUGAAUUCAGAGGACUAUGUUUUUGACAGUGUUUCUGGGAACAACUUUGAAUAUACCCUAGAAGCCUCAAAAUCGCUCCGACAGAAGCCGGGAGAUAGCACCAUGACGUACCUGAACAAAGGCCAGUUCUAUCCUGUCACCUUGAAGGAAGUGAGCAGCAACGAGGGCAUCCACCACCCCAUCAGCAAAGUCCGAAGUGUGAUCAUGGUGGUUUUUGCCGAGGACAAAAGCAGGGAAGAUCAGUUAAGGCACUGGAAAUACUGGCACUCGCGGCAGCACACGGCUAAACAAAGAUGCAUUGACAUAGCUGACUACAAAGAAAGCUUCAACACCAUAAGUAACAUUGAGGAGAUUGCUUAUAAUGCCAUUUCUUUCACUUGGGACAUUAAUGAUGAAGCAAAGGUUUUCAUCUCCGUGAACUGCUUAAGCACAGAUUUCUCUUCUCAGAAAGGUGUGAAGGGGUUGCCUCUGAACAUUCAGAUUGACACCUAUAGCUAUAACAACCGCAGCAACAAGCCUGUGCAUCGGGCGUACUGCCAGAUAAAAGUCUUCUGUGACAAGGGAGCUGAACGGAAAAUCAGGGAUGAAGAACGAAAACAAAGCAAAAGAAAAGGCAAGUGUACUGACCCCAGCUCCCAGUUGAAUGCCUUUUCUGAUGUCAAAGUACCGCUGCUUCCCUCUCACAAACGAAUGGAUAUCACGGUUUUCAAGCCCUUCAUCGAUCUCGACACGCAGCCUGUCCUCUUCAUUCCUGACGUGCACUUUGCCAACCUUCAGCGGGGCGCUCACGUCCUUCCCAUUGCCUCAGAAGAAUUGGAGGGUGAAGGGUCUAACUUGAAAAGGGGACCUUAUGGCUCGGAAGACGAUUUUGUGAUCCCUCCUCCUGCUAAGCUGAGCCGGGUAGAAGAACCAAAGAGAGUGCUGCUCUAUGUGCGAAAGGAGUCGGAAGAAGUCUUCGAUGCCCUGAUGCUCAAGACUCCGUCUUUGAAAGGCCUGAUGGAAGCUAUCUCAGACAAAUAUGAUGUUCCCCAAGACAAGAUUGGGAAAAUAUUCAAGAAGUGUAAAAAAGGGAUCCUGGUGAACAUGGACGACAACAUCGUGAAGCAUUACUCCAACGAAGACACCUUCCAGCUGCAGAUCGAAGAGGCCGGGGGGCUGUACAAACUCACCCUCACUGAGAUCUGAGGGCGCCCCGGCCCACGACUCCCAGCGAGCUCAGGGAAGCUGUCACGUGGGCCUUUGGGUUGGCAAGCCGCAGGUUCCCCGGUCGGCCACCUUCCGAACGUGGGUGGAUGUCAGUGGAAGGGGGGUUCCUUUCCAGUUGGAGAUGGCGCUGCGUUUGGCUUGGAGAUAGCAUUGACUGUAUUGCAUUGGCGUUUUUCAGAUGACAGAGAAAGCAUGUACCACGAUGUUUGAAUUUUCUGAUAUAAAUACUUAGCAUUAAAAGUGAAAACUUUGUUCCAAGAUUUACUAGAUCACCUGGGAACCUUAAGGUAUCUGCUACGUUAUUUAUAAAAAUAUUAUCUAUUCAGUGCUAGUGGGCCCUGCUCACUAGUGCACCUCAGACUCGGUGUAACUGUGACCGCCUCAGGUUAGGGGCGCGGCACCCCAAGAGGACCAGGUGCGCCCUUUCUCCCUCGGCCUCUCAUUCCCCAGUAAAUGUUUACUCCAAUAGGGCAAGUUACCGAAGUCUUCCUUUGCAACUCUCUCCAACAUAUCAACUGCCUCUCUCAUGAAGAACCUAAACGGUUACAGUGUGCGUCCGUGAAAGCUAAAGCUGCGUGUAUGUAAGUGCAAUACGUCUUGAAGGCCCGUGUCUGUAAAUGUGUACAUACCUGUCUUAUAUAAAUAGAUAAUAUAUACAUGUGGUGUCCGUGUACAUAUAGUGAAGAGAUGUGAUAAGGGCUACCUUAAAGACUUUCUUGAGACGAGAGGAUAAGUUAUUUUCGAUCACCUACACCCAGCAGAUAGCAUACUGCGCUUAGUGGAACCCACUCCGACGCUUUCUUUGCGUUUUCCCAAACACAGCAGUCAUUCGGUAGCAUAGCAAAACCUUCUCAAACGACAGAGAUUCUGUUUGCUCUUGCAAAUGUUAUUAUGUGGAUGUCAGCACUGAUUAACAAAUGAAGUAAAGGAAAAAACACUGCUGCAGCUCAUGACUGCUGUGUCUGCUAGUAUCAGUCAGGUGGACCUGACAGAGGGAAUAAACACAGUAAUCGUAACAGGUACUGUGAUUACUGUGAACUGGUGACACAACUCAAGACGGAGUUCUUCCUGAUCUUCCUGUUAUGAGAAAUGACUUCUGUUUUAUCAUGUUCCGGAACCUUCAAGCUUUAGUUGUCUAGUGUGCUAACAAUUCUAGAAAGCAUUCAUGAAUUUAUGAGACUGUGUUACUAUGGCAGGGGAACGUUUUGUACACAAGUUGAAAUACAUAAAAAUCCUAAAAAGUGUAAUUUUGUAACGGAACGAAAACCGCAGGUACCUUUAGGCUCAGGGAGGUAGGUUAUUUGUAUAAGUAGGGUUGAUAGUUACAUUCUUACCUUAAAAUAUUCUAAUGAAGUAUGUGAACUAAAUUGCUGGUUUUCUAAGAUAAGAUAUUAUGGGACACGGGUCAUAUAAACAAUAUUUUGUAUUUUGUUUUAUGGGAUCGAUUUUGUCUUGUUUUUAAUUGUACAAUUGAAGAUGUAUGUUAAACCAAAGGGAUUAAAUUUUAUAUGUCUAUUUCGUAA